AUGCAGCACCCCGCCGAAGAGCGCUUGUCGUACGUCUCGUCGCCGACAUCCAAGCAAGAUGCAGAAUGGCGCGCUGCGGGCGGGCCCACCCCCGACUACAAGAGUGCCGAGGUCGUCGGGCUCCUCGCGCAGUACGUUGCUGUCGGGCUGCUCUAUGGCGCGAUGCCCAACUUGCUCUACCCGCUCUUCGUUGGCUACUUCCACCUCACGGGCAACCAGUUCAACUCGGCCAAAGUGCUCAUCGGUCUCGGCUGGUCGCUCAAGGCCUUUGUCGGAAUCCUCUCGGACUGCGUCCCGAUCUUGGGCUACCGGCGCAAGUCGUAUAUGCUCCUCGGAUGGAUGUCCUGCCUUGUCUCGAUGCUCGUCCUUGCCACCAUGGACAUGGGAGACCCGUACUUUCGCGACGCGUCGUCGGCCCGCGGCCAUAUCAAUAGGACCAACGUCAAUCCAGAAGCGGCCGCCACAGGCGGCAUCGUCGUCAUCCUCUGUGCGUGGGGCACUCUCUCGUACGUUAUCUCGGACGUACCGGCCGACGCGCUUGUCGUGGAGCUCGCGCAGCGGGAGCCGGAAGCGAUCCGCGGUCGCAUGCAGUCUCUCAUCUACCUCACGCGCACCAUCUCGUCGUGCAUUUCGACGGCGCUCAUUGGGUUUUGCCUCAAUUCGCCGCGCUUCGCAGGGUCGUACUCGUGGGACAUGGGCGUCAACACCAUGUUCAUUCUGCUCGCGAUGGCGUCGGCUGCGAUGCUCCCGAUCACGUACCUCUUUGUGCUUGAGACGCCGGCGCCGCGCGUCCAUUUCCAUGCGUACGUGCUGCAAUUUUGGGAUUUGGUCCAAAAACGCGCGACGUGGCAAAUCAUGCUCUUCAGCUUUCUCUUCAACCUCCUCAACGCCGGGGUGACGUCGACCGCCGCGCCGUACGUCAUGUACGAAUGGGCCAAGGUCGAGAACGUCAACAACCAGCUGACCGGGAUUCUUGGCAACAUCAUCUUUGCCGGCGUCCUCGGUUUUAUGGGCAAGUACGGCACGCUCUGGAACUGGAAACUCGUGCUCGUGGCGACAACGCUGAGCGCCAACGCGAUCGACGCCGUCGUCCAGUUCUGCACGAUCUACGACGUCGUGCGCAACCAGUGGUUUUACAUUGGUGUUCCCCUCGCCGAGAAUCUGCCGUACGCGAUGCAGUUUAUUGUCACCACGUUUGUCAUUGUCGAACUCGCCGAAGUCGGCAACGAAGGCGUCGUGUACGGCCUCCUGACGACCGUCUCGAACCUCCCAGCGGCCUUCGGCCCGGUCGUGGCCAAUGUCGUCUUUGGCUCGUUUGACGUGAGCGCCGAAGCCAUUGCGGCCGAUACACCCGACACGCGCCGCCAAGUCGCCGCCACGUAUAUCAUUUACUACGCCACCACGAUCCUCGCGUGCUUCUGCGUCGUGCUGCUACCGAGCCAAAAGUCCGAACUCCACGAACUUCAAGUCACGAGCGGCAAGUACCCGCACGUCGGUGGUGCCGUGCUCGGGUUCUGCUGCAUCGUACUGCUCUACUCGAUCGUUGCGAGUCUCCUCUCCAUGUUCGAGUCGACCAUGUGCAUGGUCGUCGCCGGCGGCAAAGGCUGCUAUGCCGCAUAAUAGAAUAGUAUCUCUACAGACGACUACCAAUAUUGUCAUUAGGACACGCAAUUCCAUUUUCACAAUCGG